AUGGCUGCCAAACCCGUUUAUUUGAUUUGGGGCGGUGAGGGCUGGGUUGCUGGCCACUUGAAGACCCUCCUUGAGAGCCAAGGAAAGGAGGUACACACCACCACCAUCCGCAUGCAAAACAGAGAGGCUGUCAUCGCCGAGUUGGAGAGAGUCAAGCCCACUCAUGUCCUGAACGCCGCUGGAUCCACUGGACGCCCAAAUGUCGACUGGUGCGAGGACCACAAAGAGGAGACCGUUCGCAACAAUGUCAUUGGUACCCUUAACCUGACCGACUGCUGCUUCCUCAAGGGCAUCCAUAUCACCGUCUUCGCUACUGGCUGCAUCUACGCCUACGACGAGGCUCACCCCAUUGGCGGCGCCGGAUUCCUCGAGACUGACAAGGCCAACUUUAAUGGAUCCUUCUACUCAGAGACAAAGGCACACGUUGAAGAGGUCAUGAAGUAUUACUCCAACUGCCUCAUCCUUCGUCUACGUAUGCCGGUCAGCGAUGACUUGCACUCCCGCAACUUCGUCACUAAGAUCGCCAAGUACGAGCGUGUCGUUGACAUCCCCAACUCCAACACCAUCCUCCACGACCUCCUCCCUGCCUCCAUCCUCCUUGCUGAGCACAAGGAGACCGGAAUCUACAACUUCACCAACCCCGGCGCCAUCUCCCACAACGAGGUGCUCAGCCUGUUCAAAGAGUACGUUCGCCCAGACUUCUCCUGGAAGAACUUCACCUUGGAGGAGCAGGCCAAGGUCAUCAAGGCCGGCCGAAGCAACUGCAAGCUGGAUACCACCAAGUUGGAGAAGAAGCUUAAGGAGUACGGCUAUGAGGUACCAGAGGUCCACGAGGCAUACAAGGGAUGCUUCCAGAGAAUGGCUGCUGCUGGCGUCAAAUAG